ACACGUGAGCACGUGACCAUGCACGUGACGACGUUGCGCACUCGUUCAGUUUUUGAGCCAAUCAGCGCGCGACCCGUUUUGCAAGAAAAGCAAUAUGGCUGCUCCCGUCAGCACGUGGGUUGACUAUGUCUGUCCUUUCGCUCAGAUUGCCACAGAUUCAACAGAUUGCCUACGUUCGGAAAUGGUUGACGACGUACCGAUACGAAAAUUAUUCGUCGGCAAUUUGGCUGAAAGGACAACUUUCAAGGACGUACGCAAUUGCUUUUCUAAGUAUGGAAACGUUGAGAGUUGCUACUUGCAUAGAAAUCGUAGAAAUCAGGAGGAAAUGCCUGAGUAUAAAAAAAGUAACUAUGCGUUUGUCACGUUUACUAAAGUGGAGGAUGCAGCGAAAGCGAUGCUAGCCGGAAGGCUGGUGUGGAGUACCGCGAGGAAGGGGAGGACCCGAAUAAUCGAAGGAAUAAAUUUGCACGACAGAUGGUUAAAGGUGAAGGCCACAGAUCCUUGGCAUCAACCUGACUAUACAGAGCAGAGAUUGUAUACGAUGGGAAAAGACUCGAACAAAACUUGCGAAAGAAAGCUCAACCUGGAACAAUACUUUCACAAGUAUCUGCAAAAUGACACCGAAAAUGUAUCCAUCCAUAUGCUGAAUGACGAUUGCUUGAGACAUAUCUUCCUGUUUUUGCCAAUUAAAGAGAGAGUCCGCAUAGAGAUAGUUUGCAAGCGCUGGAGAGAUUUAAGCCAAGAUUUAUGGCGUACGAUGACGUUCGAUCUUUCAUCAUCUACAUGGAAUUUCAUGUUCGAUUAUUCAGGGUCCGAAUGUCAAAUGCAUCCACAUGGCUUUCAUGCAUUUUAUAAAAUAUUGCUUAAAUAUGGCAGAUUCUUAACGCGAAUAAAGAUAGGUCGUUUGCCGCGGUUAUCGUGGUUAAGACCAAGCGUGUUGACUGUUAUCGGGAAACUUUGCCCUAAUCUUACAAGUAUCGACGUUACUUCACUGAGAGUUUCCACGCCAGGUAUACGUGCAUUAGCAAAUAAUUGUAGACACAUAACCAAGUUAAAUUUAGGACCAUCUACUAAAUGUUGUGAGACCGAGUUAAAGUGUCUCUUUAAGCUAAAUCAAAACUUGGAAUAUCUUGCGAUAAAUGGAUCUUGCGAUAGCAUUUUUGACGAAUGCUUAUUAUGCUUGCCAGAGCAAACUAUGCAUACAAUUAUAUUAAACGAUUGCUCUUUUUCGGACACUCACCUUUCAAUGGUACUAAAGAAGCUCGAAAAUUUGAAACAUCUCGCGAUAAACCGAUGUAAGAAUUGCUGUGCACACACAUUGAAAGUUAUCGGUCAGCAUUGUAAAAGUUUAAGAACAUUGGAGCUCGAUAAAAGCUACGUAGAAACAGCGGAUAUGUUGAAUUUAAUUCACCUUGUUAAUCUGCAAGUUUUGAAAAUCACGCACAAUCCUAAUGUAUCGGACGAUUUCCUUACCGAUUUAGUACAACAUUGUCAGCAGCUUACCAACGUAGACAUUACAGGUUGUUCCAACGUGAGCGAUGUCGGAUUAACGGCUAUUGCUACGUUAGUAAGACUAGAAAAAUUAAACGUCACUGAUAUGCAACAAAUUACUGACGAUGGCUUGAAAAACAUGUGUAACUUAAAAGUAUUUAAGUGCCGACGAUGUCUAUUUAGCGAUCGGGGCAUAACAACGCUCAUCCGAUCCUCGCCCGAAUUACAAUUGUUAGAUCUCUUCGGAUGUAGGAAUAUUAAUAACUCCACUAUUGAGGUUGCUAAAGACGUUUGUAGCAGUCGAACUAAUAACGUGAUGUUGAAGAUUAUCGUUCCGAGAACAGCAAUUCUCACUGAGGAAGGGAGACUGCCUCGGCAUAUAGUUAACGAUUUGCUUGACGAUUUGUCUGGUAGCGUGUCUAAUCUGUGUCUCGUGGACAGGGGGAUUUUUUCAAGUUUCUUGGAUGAUGAAGUAUAGGUGCCUUGGAUAAGAACGAUGAAGAUUCAAGUUAUGCAUAUAUUUUCGAAGGUUGAAAUUAUAGAAUAUACAAAUUAUACUGAUUAUAGACUAUAUAUGUAGACAGAAGAUGAUAGUACUAUAGAGAACCUGAUGAAUUAGAUCAUUGGUCCGAUUAUUAACACUAUAUCACAAUUUUCUACGGUCCUAACCGAUUUUUUUCUACCAUUAGUCUUACCGUCAUUAAGUUCUAAGAUUUCGUAUGUAUUGUUACAUGCUGUCUCCUAUUACAUUACCAUUGAUUUUAGAGAUACUUAUUCCCAUGAAUAUAAUGCUACAAUCAAUUACAUGAAUACACACGCUCGCACAACCGCAUGUACACAUGUAUAUAUUUAUUUUAUCAAGUAUUAUGCGAUAAUAAAGUGCAAUAAAAUAAAGCAAACGUAAAUUCUUCUUCAUCUACCAUAAAUUCGUACCAGUC